CAUUGAAUGUUGUUGUAGUUGUUGUUACAGUGAUCAUCAUUCAAUAUAUUGAAUUCAUCAUCAUUGAUUCUACACACACACACACACAUAAUAUAAGCAGAGACGAGAAUUAACUCCCCUCAACAAGCUCUCUUUUUGUUUCUAUUCGUAAUCCGUUUUGGUUUUGGCUUGCUGUUGGCUUCUGGGUGUGAAUUCAUGACAUUGCCACCACCAUCAUCACGAUCAUCAUAAUCUUAACCUAAAAAAAAAAACAGAUUCCAGUUUGAAGAAUUGUUAAAAAAAAAAAAAUUAAACCAACCAGAUAUUUCUGAAUUAUUCAUUCAAAAUGUUGCCAUUAAUCAAUGAUGAUGAGAAUAUUAUUCAUCAACAUUCGCAACAACAACAACAUCAACAACAGCAUUCAUCAUUAAAUUCCAAUAAAUCGAUGACCAAAUUAUUACAAAUGAAAAUGGCAACCACAACAUCGGCCGAUGCAGCAGCUACAGCAACGGCUACAAUGGCUGCACAUACUGAUAAUGGUGGUGCAUUAUUGAUGAAACAAAUGAGCAUACAACAACAUCAACAACAUCAACAAUUUCAUACAAAUAAUCAUAUUAUUGAAAAUUUUAUCGAAUCAGUACGUGAAAUGAACGAUGUUGUAUUGAUACCAUCGAAAUUGAUGGAUUUAGAACCAAAACCAUCAUCAUCAAUAUCAAAUAAUAAUUCGACAAUAUUAAAUGAUGAUCUUUAUUCAUAUUAUCAGAUGAUAAAUAUAAUCAAAAAUGAUCUCUUUGAUACAUCACAUAGACAGCAACAAUAUCCAAUGAUGAAUGAUUCAAAUAAUUUAUUUAAAGUACCAAAACGAAAAAUUUCACGUCAACAACAACACCAACAACAACAACAACAACAACAAAACCAUAAUUGUAAUAAUAAUCAUGGCGUUGUUGAACGUUCUUGCCAUUCACGUAGUGUAUCAUCAACAAAUUUGGCUUCAAUGUAUCAUGGUAAUGGUAAUGGUAUCAAUUAUCAAACACAAUUAUCACAAACAUCCAGUAAUAAUGGCCAUUCAAGUCCUGUAUCAGCGUCAUCAUCAGAUAAUGGUAUUGAAAUGAAUGAUAAUACAGCAACGAUGAUGAUGAUGAUGAAUUCAACAACAACAACAAUGAAUGAAUGCCACAAUGCAAGACAAUUGACAAUACAAUUUAUACAUCAUUUACAUUCAUUAUAUUCAAUAUUGGAACAUUUUACACAAGCUGCCGAUAUUAUUACCGAACGUUAUACACAAGAAUUUGAACAAUCAAUUUGAAGAAAAAAUUUCAAAUUUCAAACAUAUCUUAUUUUCUUAUAUAUUAUUA